AGAUUCUAUGAGUUUGAGCAUUAUCCAGUAACGACCAGGAGGGAAUUUACCGGUGAUCUCCGCCUAUUCACUCGUUGGUCAAUUCGACCCAGCCCUCACAUCACAACAUGUCUGCCAUGGAGAAACAGGCACAACGCAAGAAUAGGGUGCUCAGCAGGCGGGAGAUCGAGGGACUCAUAGCCAGUGGGCGCUCAAUCGUCAUAGUGGACAAUAAGGUCUUGAAGGUCGACUCAUGGCUGCCUUAUCAUCCAGGCGGUGAUAAAGCCAUUCAACACAUGAUAGGUCGGGAUGCCACCGACGAAGUCCAAAGAUUCCACUCUCAGCAAACCCUCGAGCUCACCAAUCGCUAUCAAAUCGGACGCAUCGAAGGCGCAUGGAUCAAUUUCCUUCCCCCUUUACAAGGAGGAAAAUUCAGGACUGCGGAGGAACUUGAAAAUAUCAGCGAGGAAGAAUACAUUGAGUCAUUAUCCGACAAUGAUACCGGGAGCUCAGGGACGUCCGCUGGCCCAAGCCCAAUAUUCGAACCGGCGGAUCGAACCUCUUCCUCGAUUCGAAAGCGUACCAAUGGCGACAUCCCUCGAUCACCGUCCGCGUCCUCUGUGUCCUCGGUUGAGCUGGACGACCUCAAACGUGUACCGAAGAUGUCGGUCCUAGAUGCGCGGACUCAACAAGAGAUCGACCUCGACAAAUCCAAAUAUCCAUCUCUGGAUCCCAAAACCCAAGCAAACAUCAUCCAGAAAUACCGCGAACUAGAAGACAGAAUUCAGGCAGAAGGUCUUUACCAGUGUCGUUAUUCGUCUUAUGGCAUCGAGUGCAUUCGUUACGCAUUUUAUAUUGGCAUGUUCGCUUUUCUCCUCAAGUCAGGCUGGUACCUGUCAAGCGCUUUCUUCCUAGGCACACUGUGGCAUCAGCUAUCCUUCACUGUCCAUGAUGCUGGCCAUAUGGGUAUUACUCACGACUUUCAGACCGACACUACGAUUGGCAUGGUUGUGGCCAGCUACAUCGGUGGUCUGAGUGUCUGCUGGUGGAAGUACAACCAUAACGUCCACCAUCUCGUUACGAAUUCACCAGAACACGACCCAGAUAUUGAACACAUGCCUUUCUUCGCCAUUACGCAUAGAUUUUUCGAGAACCUCUUCUCUACCUAUUACGAAAGAGUGAUGGAAUACGACGCAUUUGCAAAAUUCAUGUUGCGAUAUCAGGAUACUUUAUUUUACUUCAUCAUGUGCUUGGGCCGUUUCAAUCUCUACCGACUGAGCUGGCUAUAUCUGCUUACUGGCCAAGGCCCGCGUAAGGGACCGGCGUGGUGGCACCGCUACUUUGAAAUGGCGGGAUUGGUGUUUUUCUGGACCUGGUACGGAUAUGGCUUGGUCUACAAGACGAUACCUGGAGGGUGGAACAAGUUCUUUUUCGUCUUGAUCAGCCAUGUGGUUACGACGCCGUUGCAUGUUCAGAUUACAUUGAGCCAUUUCGCUAUGAGCACUGCUGAUCUCGGCACCGCCGAAUCUUUCCCCCAGAAGAUGCUUCGCACGACCAUGGACGUAGACUGCCCACAGUGGCUCGACUUCUUCCAUGGUGGACUUCAGUUCCAAGCGAUCCAUCAUCUCUUCCCCCGGAUUCCACGUCACAACCUACGACGCACACAGAAGCUCGUUCAAGAGUUCUGUAAUGAGGUAGACAUCCCAUAUGCGCUGUUCGGUUUCAUUGAUGGCAACAAGACUGUCAUUGGAAAAUUGACAGACGUAACUCGCCAGGCCGCUAUACUCGCGGAGUGCCAGCGGACUAUGGCAGACGGAGAUUUCGGGGUUCAUUGAUCGGUGGUCGCGGACAAUGCAUGCAGGUCGAUCAGCUCAGCUGCCUCAGCUGUUCUACAGUAUCAGCUAUGUCAUAUUUCUAAUGUGUAACUUUCUGAUUGCCUGUAUGUAUACCAGCGGCAAAAGGAACUAUUAAGUCACUUCCUUCUUUGCGCCUGGUGCUGAAGGCAAGCGUAUGUUUCAUCAGCACCA